GUUGAAGGACUGAGUGUGUUUGGCCACAGUCUCCAGCAUGUCAGAGCUGACUGUGGGGUAGUGGACAUAACUUGCCGUGCGACUUCCCCCGAGCCAGCGGAAUAUUGGCAGAGUGAAGGCAUAGCCUGUGGUCUCCAUGUACACGUGAGGUGCCAGCUUCAGAACUGCCUCCAGACCAAGUAACAUGGAGCCCAGACUCUGUCCAAGGAUCGUGAACCGAGGCCAGCACCUCGCCUCCACCCACCCUCGCCUCUUCAGAUACACAAAGUCCACAUCUCUCAAUUGAAGCUUGAAUCUGUUCUGGACCAUGCUCAGAAUGGCCUCAGGGGUCUUGUCUACGUCUCCCGUAUAAACGACGCAACGGACGAAGGAAUAGCGUUUCUGGAGAGCUCGAAUGGAGUGCCACAGAACCCGCUCCCCGCCUCCUCCUGACGCGCAGUACGGGUGGAAGAAUCCCACCACCACCGGACGGUACUGCAGGCGAAAGUACCCGAAAAGUUUCAUCUGUUGACGUGUUCUCCAUAGAACCAGUAGCUUCGUCAGUACGAAGAGAACUAAGAAACCAAGCACCGUCCAAACCGCCCACUUUCCCAAGACCCACGCCCAUCCCGACUCUUCUUCAGUUUUCCUGGCUCAGAUCAGUCUCUACCACUGUCUGUGUGCUCUCUGUGGUCGGGGAGGACGUCGCAUCUCUCUUUUCUACAAACGGAAAGAGCGGAGACUCUGCAACAAGAAACAUGCUUGGUCGUGCAUAUUCCAAAUGGAGCCCACCUGGUCUAUAUUCUAAUUGAAGCCCACCAGAAAAGCCCCGGAGGCAAGAAGCUAGGGGCCGCGGGGGCCGACGGUGCUACCAUGCACCGCGGGCCAAAGAGGAAUGUGUGCCGCUACUACAUGGCCAGCGGUCACUGCCAGUACGGAGACCAGUGCCAGUUUCUGCAUGUGAGGACCGGCCAUCAGCCUUCAAACCCACAUCGGAAGCCUCCUCCAGGCGAGAUCUCCUGGGCCUAGCUGCUUGCUAGGGAGCCGGCGUUUGCUUGCGCUCAUACCUGUCGUGUACGUGCAGGGCCCAUGGGUCUUCUCCCGCUGGACACCACAAAGAAGAUGGACCGUCCCCCGUUCCCUGCCCACUCCAUGAAUGCUCAUCCGCAGCCCAUUAUGCCUAGAAAAUCAACAUCAGCUCCAGUGAUGAGAGGGCCAGGCCCCUCGUCCUACAGCUCUCUAAGACAGUCCCACGUCAAGCAGUAUGGAAUGGGGUCCCUCCAGCCACCCCCUCCAGCCAAGGCAGCAGCUAACAAAAUGCGCACCAACAAACUCAACACUGCACCAGCGCAGGCUCAGGUGGAUGCUGGAGGGACCACUUACUUUUACUCCCAUCACCAACCUCCAUACACUGCAUAUGUCCAAGAUCCCACUCACACUGCCCGCAGUAGAGGGAAGAGUACCAGUCAGCCUACCUUCUUCUGUUCCGAGGGUCUCAAAAAAGAGUUGAUCCAGAGACAGACAGGCUGUCAGGCGGUGGCAGACGAGACUGGCGGCCCAUCUGAAGUGGAUUCCUACCACUCCCUCCAUCCCCUGGAACCAGUGGCUCAGGAUCUGGAGCUCCGUCGCCUCUUUGGCCACACCUCCACCUGCUACCGAGCAACCUCCUCAAAAGACGGUCUCUUCUACUGCCUCAGGAGACUGCAUGGUGUGCGUCUGACCACUCACAAAUCUGUGCAGCAGUUUGACAAGUGGAGGAAAGUCGAACACUCGAGUCUCGUCUCUCUCAGAGAAAUGUUCACUACCAAAGCCUUUGGCGACAACUCUGUGGUGUUUGUCUAUGACUACCUGCCUGGUGCAGAGACUCUGGACUCGAGACAUCUUCAGGGAGGACGGCAUGCACGGGCCCUGCCCGAGAGCCUUCUCUGGGACUACAUCGUUCAGUUGGCUGCAGCCGUGAGGGCUGUGCACACAGCUGGUCUGGCUCUCUAUACUCUGGACUCUACCAAGAUCUUGGUCACUGGUUCUGGGAGUCCCAGACUGUUCAUGAACUGUGCAGGGAUCAUGGACAUACUGACAUUUGACUCCACCUCUACCCCAGUUGAUCCAACCCUACAACAGCAGCAGGAUCUUGUCGGUAUUGGGCAGCUCCUGGUGGGCGUGGCUCUCCAGUCACCCACGGCAACCCAGCCGGAGAAUUUCCACCAAUCACUGGAAUAUCUCACAUCUCAUUUCAGCCCUGACCUCCACCAUAUUGUCCAGUACUGUCUUAGGUCAGGAUCAGAGGGACCUCCUCACAGCAUUGUGGAGGUGCUGUCCAUGAUUGGUGGGCGUGUCUACCACUGCCUGGAGCAGGCCCAGCUGCAGCGGGACUGGCUGGAGGCCGAGCUCUCCAAGGAACUGGAGAACGGACGACUCUUCAGACUUCUCGCCAAACUUGGGACCAUCACCGAGAGACCAGAGUAUGAUGGAGAUCCUCAAUGGGCUGAGACUGGGGAUCGCUACCUACUCAAGUUGUUUAGAGACUAUCUGUUCCACCAGGUGCAGCCAUCAGGCGCUCCCUGGGUGGACCUAGCUCACAUUGUACAGUCCCUCAACAAGCUGGAUUCUGGUGUGAGUGAGAAUAUUCUGCUCCACUCACGAGAUGAACAAAGUGUCCUCAUCGUCUCGUACUCUGACCUCAAGUCAUGCAUCGACCAAACCUUCUCACAACUGACUGCUGUCCCCUUUCCUGACUCCAACCACUGACCACACAACAAUGACUGGCCGUGCUGGCUUCAUUUUAAAGAUGACAUGCUACGUGCAGCUUGCCUUUUAGGCAAGUGUUUUAACUUAUUUUUUUGAUGGUAGCGACUGAUGGAGUUAGUUUUAUAAGGAAGUGUCAUUUUUCAUUGUACUGAGUAUGUCCAUCAGUUUUAUAAGUUUUAUCUCCUGAGACAGAGCCAGUCUGGUUGGGGGGUGUGGCUGACGUCUUCAUCUUCAUUCCAUCGUCUCCGACCGUCCACCAACCAUGUGUCAUUGGUGGGUGUGGCUUUGGAGGAGAGGGAUAUAGGGAUGUGCCAUCCUUCCUCGCUGGCCUGUGUGGACUUGCUGUAGUCACCUGGAUACUGCAGUGGAGGGGGGGAGUGGACUGAUAGGCCCUCAGAUUAUUAUAGCACCUCCUAGAACUAUACAUAAUGAAAAGCACUAAAGUGCAAACCCUCGCACACUAUAUAGAAAUGUGGAAACCAUACACAAGAACCCAUACACA